AAGCCUUUGAUGCCCAAUCUUCACCAUCAGCCCCAAGUUCUCGAAGCCCAAUCGGAACGACCGUAGCCAGGACAGACGAAGGAUGUACGCAAGUAACUCCACGGAAACCGCCAUGGAAUCUUCCAUAUCGUUCUCGCAAGUCGCAUCAGCAGUAGAACACAGGAAUCGAAAGAAAGGCUAACUAGUGAAGGUCUGAGAAGAGAUUACCUUCGCCCUCAAGCUUCCAAGUUCCCGUUACCGCUUGCAGAAGAAUCGCUAUUUCCAAUUUGGAUCCGUAACGCCGUUGCCCACCGCUCUUCGGAGCUCCGUCUGAUAGAUCCUCAUCCGUCGCCGCCGCCGUCCGAUGUCGUCCCCGGGCGAGUACUAUCAUUCGCUUCCACCCAUCACCAAGGCUUAUGGCACCGUGUGCCUGGCGGUUACUACAGUUUGUUCCCUCAAGCUGCUUCAUCCGGCGUAUAUAGCAUUGAUAUAUGAGGACGUUUUCUACCGAUUUCAGGUGUGGAGGCUUUUUACUAGUUUCUUCUUUCUUGGGAAUUUCUCCAUCAAUUUCGGUAUUCGCCUCUUGAUGAUAGCAAGAUAUGGUGUUCAAUUGGAGCAGGCAACAUUCGACAGGCGUACCGCUGAUUUUCUCUGGAUGAUGAUCUUCGGAGGCCUGACUCUUCUGGGUCUGUCUGCCAUCCCUUUUCUGUGGAACCCUUUCUUGGGCAUUUCACUUGUGUUCAUGCUGCUUUAUGUCUGGAGUAGAGAGUUCCCAAAUGCUCAAAUCAACAUAUAUGGCCUGCUGAAUAUUAAGGCAUUUUAUCUACCCUGGACCAUGCUUGCCCUGGAUGUUAUUUUCGGGUCUCCAAUUUUGCCCGAUCUUCUGGGAAUCAUCGCGGGUCAUUUCUACUACUUCUUGACGGUGUUGCACCCGCUCUCAACUGGGAAAACCUAUCUGAAGACCCCAAGAUGGGUGUAUCCUUUUACAUUGAUUUCUUCCUUAGUUCGUACCAUCUUUCUAAUAACUAAUCUCAAGUCUUUGAAUCAUUCACAUUGACUGCAACCUGCUAUAGCUGUUUCCUAAGCUGUUUAUAGACAGAAGCUGGUGAGAAGAUACAAAAUAGGAGCUCCAGCACCAGUGAACUCCCGAGCGGCAGCUCAGCCCGAGCAGCAGCCGGGCACAGGAUCAGCCUUCAGGGGAAGAUCCUAUAGACUCAGCGAUUAGUCAGUUUUCUCACCCUUUUGUUCAGAAUGUCGAUACAAAAACUAAGGAAGCAGAUAGGAAAGAAGCUUGUCAGAGGGAGUUGAAGAGAAUCAAUCUGCUCGAUUUAUUGAUCCUUUACUACUGGAGCUGAGGGUAGCGUUUUUACGCGUUCAUCGGUGUUUAAUUUCACGAGGCCGGAAUCCAGUACUUGUCUAAACGGAGGGAUGAAGUAGUGCAUUUGUUGGCAGAUUGAUUUUCUUUUCAUUGCUUGCAUUAUUUACUCUCUAAUUGUGGAGAUUUCGAAAUAUGAUUCUCCUGGGAAUUCCGUAUCCUCAUGCUAUAUCACAUGGUUUCAGGCUAUCUAUACAGAGUAAAUUGUAAACCACAAGAACAAUUACAAUUUUUGAGGUUAUGGUAAUCUACUUAUUAU